AUGGAUCCACCUCCAAUAACCCCAUUAACAAAAAGAUCUCUAAUAUCAACUGACAGUAAUAAUGGUCGCUCACCAACGGAAGGUAGCAGUUUACGCCCCGACCUGAUUGACCACAAUUCGAAACGGAUCAGACUUACUUUACCUCCUAUCCCUUUGGGUCCUCCUCAACAGUCAACACCAGCACAACCACCUUCUCAUAAUAAUGUAUCCGCCUCAAAUGGGUUGUUACCACCUUUUCCACUUCGACCACCCAUUUUCUCGUCGCAAAAACAAUCAGAGCAAAUUAACGAUUCUUUGCCACCCGUCUUAACAAAUCCUUACAUACCUCCGCCUCUGUCGAUUCCCCAAGAUGUUCAAGAACUACCAUCAAUCGAAUCUUUUGCAAAUGAUGAUUCGUUAAAUAUGCAAGGGAUCGAAGAACGGCGUCUUGGUUAUGUGGUGUAUAACCCUAAAGAGAUACUUCCACCGCUUGAAUUUAUGGAAAAUGGAUUACUAGAAGUUUGGAUUCCUUCACAGCAUUUGACAUGGGAUAAUACAAAGGUUAGAAAGCGUUGGUUAUGGGGUACCGACGUUUAUACUGACGAUUCGGAUGUAGUAGCAGUAUUAAUACAUACCGGCCAUUUUAUGCCGAAACCUCAAAAACCACAAUGGUCACCAAAUUUCCCUGAUUAUGAUUUAGGCGUAACUAUUCGCGUUCUUCCGAAGCUAAUUCAGUAUACAUCUUGUUCUCGGAAUCGAAUAAAGAGUAGAUCAUGGGGAAAUCAUCAUGGUGUUAGCUUUAAAAUUGAAAGUGUACGAAAAAUGAAGGAAGGCGAAGCUAUAAGCAGAGCACGUGGCGGAGAACGGAAACAACGAUUGCAAAGAUUCCAUCGUUUAAAAAGAUUAGCAUUCGGAGAUUCAGAACGAGAUAAUAGUCAGUUAUUUGAACAUGGUACAGCCCUAAAGUUCAAUAUUGGUGAACAGAGUGCAGUUCUAAAGUUUAAUAUCGACGGAGACCCUUGUUUCAAGUACAGUCCACACUUAAUGGCCAAUCAAGAGAAUCUAGCAAAGCAAUUCAGAAAAGAAGUCAUGUUCUUAGAGAAUGACGAAGAACGCUUUGAGAUAUCAUAUGAUCCAAGAGUCGAAAGAUAUCGAGUCGCAGUUGUUCUACCUUCGAUACAAUUAAAUGAAACACAAUUAACAACGUCGUCAUCAACAAGACACAAUGAAACUAAUCCGCCUAUCUUGCCAUUAGAAAAAUCAAAUCUUGAAGAAAUACUUCGUGAUGAUCUGUUUCUUCAAGACAUAGAAUGGGUAAAUGUGGGUGUAAUUGUAAAGGAUAGGGUGAAUACACCACAAAGUCUGUUAAUUGUACUUAGACGAGUUUUCUGGCGGAAACGAACACAUGAAGUUGUUUCUUCACGAUAA